CUCUGCAGCUAGACUCUUCUCAGCCACUUUGGUAGUACCCGGAAGUGACGCAUAUACUUGACUGUGUUUUGGGUUAUGCCAAGAGGAGAGGGCGAACCGGGGCGGACUCGGUUCGGUUGGCUCCCAAGUGCCAGAUGGAACAGUCUUCUCAGUCCUACAUGCUUGCCAACUUAACCCAUCUGCAUUCAGAACAUCUGUUACAGGGCCUGAACUACCUCCGACAGCACCAAGAGCUCUGUGACAUUGUGCUGCAGGUAGGAGAUGUCAAGAUACACGCCCAUAAAGUGGUGCUUGCAAGCAUCAGCCCUUACUUCAAAGCCAUGUUUACCGGAAACCUUUCUGAGAAAGAGAACUCGCAGGUGGAGUUUCAAUGCGUUGAUGAAGCCGCCCUCCAGGCCAUCAUUGAAUAUGCCUAUACAGGAACAGUCUUCAUCUCCCAAGAGACAGUGGAGUCUCUUCUUCCAGCUGCAAACCUCCUCCAGAUCAAGCUAGUACUAAAGGAAUGCUGUGCAUUCUUGGAAAGCCAGCUUGAUGUGGGCAAUUGCAUUGGCAUCCGUUUUGCUGAGACCUAUGGAUGCCAUGAACUCUAUCUGGCUGCCAAUAAGUUCAUUUGCCAGAAUUUUGAAGAUGUUUGUCAGACAGAAGAAUUUUUUGAGCUGACAAAUUCUGAGUUGCAUGAAAUUGUUUCCAAUGAUUGUUUGAAUGUUGUUAAUGAGGAGAAUGUUUUUUAUGCACUGGAAUCAUGGAUCAAGUAUGAUGUGCAGGAAAGGCAGACAUACCUGUCUCAACUGUUGCACUGUGUCCGACUGCCAUUGCUGAGUGUCAAAUUUCUCACCAGGUUGUAUGAAGCAAAUCACCUUAUACGCGAUGACCACACAUGUAAACACUUACUGAACGAAGCUCUGAAAUACCAUUUUAUGCCUGAACAUAGACUGUCCCAUCAGACGGUGCUUAAGACGCAGCCUCGUUGUGCUCCAAAAGUGCUUUGUGCAGUGGGAGGGAAAGCUGGACUGUUUGCUUGUUUAGAUAGUGUGGAGAGAUAUGAUCCUAGUAAAGAUUCCUGGGCGAUGGUAGCUUCAAUGACUGAAAAAAGAAUACAUUUUGGGGUCAGCGUUAUGCUGGGAUUUAUUUUUGUUGUGGGAGGACACAAUGGUGAAUCACACUUAUCCAGCAUUGAGAGGUUUGAUCCCCAUCAAAACCAGUGGACUGUUUGUACACCUAUGAAGGAACCCAGAACUGGAGUAGGUGCAGCAGUCAUUGAUAACUACCUCUAUGUGGUUGGAGGUCACUCAGGGUCAUCGUAUCUGAAUACUGUACAGAAAUAUGACCCUGUCUCAGACACCUGGCUGGAGCUGGCCAGUAUGGCAUAUUCUAGAUGUAACUUUGGUUUAACUGCCCUUUGAUGAAAAUGGGAUAACUGCAAGCACUGUCUACCAUUAAAUAGCUCUGCAUGAAAGGAUGUCCGACCUAAGCUGCCAGAAGCUAGUAUGUCACGGAGAUCGAGAAAAGCCUGUUUCAUCGACCCUGUGAUCUAUUGCCAUUUGAAAUUGUUUUAGAAGAAGUUUACAACCCAGAAUCAGUGAUUGCUAUUGCUGUGGUUUCGCGGACUGAUUGACAUUUUCAGCCCUUUAGCUAUGUCUGCCUGUGUAUGUAUGUAUGCGUGUGUGUAUGUAUGCAUGUGUGUAUGUGUAUGUAUGCUUGUGAAUGUGUGUGUAUGCUUGUGAAUGUGUAUACUGGCUAGUUCAAUAUAUACACUCAUUAAUAGAGAAGAAUUUGCUCUUUCAUUCUAUCGAUAUGUUUAUUUAACCUUCAAGCAUAGGAGAAGCGUGCGCUAAGUGUGUUGGCUUUCUUACAAACACGUGUUUUUAUACUUUUCUUUUCUCUUCUUAUUUAUAAAUAUUUUUGGAUGAUCAUUUAUCAUUCUUAUCUACACUACAGCAAGUAUUUGGGUUUAAUUAUAAUAGUUUUGGUUUUGUCUCACUUAACCACACACCACCAAUGGAACACAAUGGUCUCCCUUUUCUUACUGUAGGUAUAUAGCUAUACAGUGUAUUUUUUAUCUCAUCAUUUUAUUAUGUACUAAUAAAAGUUAAAUUUUAUUUUGAAACAUCCUCCCAGAACCUUUAACAUAUAGUAUUCUAUGCUCUUAAAUUAAGUGUGCCAUAUAUAUUACCUCCUUUCCUCUAAUUUUCCGAUUAAUAUUUUGGUAUUCAGGCACUGCCUUUAAGUGAUACAUAGGUCUACCUACAAGGAUUCAUUAUUUAGGAGAUCUAGCCCCCUUUCCCUAUCUCCCCCUUUUUAAGAGGAGUUCCUCAUAUAUAGUUCAAUAUUUGUAUUACAAUCCAUAAAAUCUAAACAUAGAAAACAAAAUAACGUAAUGACAUUGGUAAGAAUUCUUGAAUAUCCUACAAAAAUAAAAGCAAACAAUAAUA